AUGGCUCCUCACCGCCCCCACUCCCUUCCCACCCCCUCCCCGACUCCCUCUCCAGACCCGCGCAAACCCAACCCCGGCGGCACCUGGUUCUCGCAAUUCCACUCUUUCACCUACGAUCCCACCGCAGGUCUAAAAUCCAAUUUCGAACGCCUCGCCAACACGCGAAACUGGAAGCCCAAACUCAGAAGCAAGCGCUGGACACAAUGUCAAGCCGCGGAAUUUGAUGCCGCGUACGGAAAGGAUACAUCGAAGUUGGAAUCGUGGCAGGCGCUUUGCCGCGAGGUGCUUAUUGCUGAGGUGCCGGGGAGUAUUACGCAGUGCAAAACGGUUCUCGGAAGCAGGAAGGUACUGGUCAACUUGGUGAAUCUGAUUGAUCAUCGCAAUAUGGGGGUGCCGGUGAUACGGUUUAAGAACUACGCGGCAUUUAGGGAGUAUACGACUGAUGGGAGAAUUUUUCCAAAGAAAAAAGCGAAGGAGGAGGGGUUUAUUAAGGCGCUUUUGAGGACUCUUUAGUGGGUGGUGGGGUGGAGGUUCUGUUUGGGACUGGGGAUGGGUCUUGAUGAUUGCAGCGGGAAGUAAGAGUGAAGAUAAAGAGUGUUGUUUGAUUUGCCUUGUGUGGCUGUUUCUUUUCUGUGUUGUAGCUGAGGGAUUUGUCACCUGUCAUUUACUACCUACACGCUAUCUGAGAGCACCAAAGCUGUAAGGAGUUAGCCAUCUACUCGCUAUCGAUAACGAAUCUUAAGUUUGACAGAUAUGCUAUCUAU